AGCUAUGUGGUUGUUUAUAUCGGCUCCUCUCUUCCGACUCACCGACUGUCCUCCAAACAGCGACACCGACCAUGAGCGCUCUCCUUCGCCCCGUCCUCCUCCUCCUCCUCCUCCUCGGGCUCUCCUCGGCCUCCGUCUGCAGGUUCCAGAUCCCUCCGCACGACCAGGUGGCCCAGGUCGCGCGCUUCAUUGCCCACCACUGCAACUGGGCCUCCAUGGCCACGAUAUCCACUCACAAGCCGGUGGUGGGUCAGCCGUUCUCCAACGUGUUCUCGUUCAGCGACGGACCCCCCGGGACCAGCUCCGGGGUGCCCUACAUGUACUUGACCCGCAUGGAGAUCUCCGUCCAGGACCUGGAGGUGAACCCUGAGGCGUCGCUGUCCAUGUCUCUGGCUCAGACCGAUUACUGCCGCCAGCAGGGCUUUGACCCUCAGAGUCCGCUCUGCGCCCACAUCAUCCUGUCAGGAUCCGUGAUCCAGGUGAACGGGACGGAGGCGGACUUCGCUAAGAAAGCUCUGUUCAGCCGACACCCAGAGAUGAUCGACUGGCCGACGGACCACGACUGGUUCUUCGCCAAGUUCAACAUCACUCAGGUGUGGGUGCUGGACUACUUUGGGGGGAUAAAGACGGUGACUCCAGAGGAUUAUUUCCAGGCGCCGCCACACAGGAAGUACUGAUGGAAUCAAACGCUCGGCAUGUGGUCGGUGGACCAAGACGACGUCCAUGCGAUGCUGACGCCUUCUUCGGGAGCUCACAGAUUAUUUUUGUAUCAACGUUUUCACGUCUCGGAUCAGCGAUCAGAACCGUUUCUGAUCAGUUGUGUGAUUAUUUUUCUGUGAAGGGACAGUUGUUGUGCUGGAGUUUGUCCACUAGAGGGAGCCAGCAACAGCUUUAAGAGCCAUAAGAAGCACUUUAUAGUUCAGACUUUCAGCUUUUACUUUCUUUUAUUAUGUUCAUAUAAACUAACAAAGCUGUGUUUGCUUUUCUUCUUCUCUGGUUUUCAUCGCGUUAAAGGACUAAUGUGUGAUUGACAGGAUUUUCACCUUCUCCUGGUUUUUGGCUCCAAACUGCCAGACAUCCAGGUUCAGAGAAGAUUCAGAGAACAUCAGAAUUUACUUCCAGUUUUUUCAACCUUUCAGAGUUUCUCCCAUGACCAUGACCUACCAUGGCCGUUUGACCUGGCGGGUGGUCUGUUUUUUUAGUAAAACUUCACGUUGAAAACUUGACGUGUUGCAGCAUUAAACAGCUUCAAAUUUUUAUUUUAAUAUCUGGAGAAAACCAGUGCCUAAAUUAUUUUAUGCUGCGUGUGGGCGGGGCUAUAUGUGGGCGGGGCUAUAUAUGGGCGGGGUUUGUGUGUUUUUAUACUAAUUAACUUGACGUCCUGCUUUUCAUACAACCAGCACUGUGACAUAUUACUUUUUGAGAAAAUAAAUAUUUGUUUAAAA